AUGGACCUAAACGACCCUACUGUUGACCAGAGCAAGACAACAACAACAACUCAACAUCAUUUACAAUCAAACAGUACCUCAGCACAUAAUAAUAAUAACGAUAAUAUAGUUCACCAGCAUCAAGAAAAGAAUAGAUCUAUUACUCACACGAUUGACCAGCUUGAGAACCACCAGCAAUUUCACAGCAUCAGCAGCAACAGACCUGCUUCAUUUGAUAUAAAUACUACAUCUGCAGAUAAUAGUAGUGAUAAUAUUGAUAAUAUUGAUAUAAAUCAAUCAGCUGAAAUUAAAAGAUUUAUCAAUCAAAAUUCAAUUUCAACAAACGACCAACCAUUGUUACAACAACAAUUACAACAAUUGCAACCAGAUUCAACAAUCAUCACCAAAGAAACUUUAUUAGAGUGGGCCACUUUGAUGGCCUCAUCGACGCCAACGUUCCCACAAAUUCCAAACAACAAUAUUAAUAAUAAUAAUAAUAAUAAUAAUUUGUCAUCGUCAUCAUCGACAUUGUCAUCUCCAUCACCUUUAUUGUCAUUGUCUACCAUUGCAGCUGUUGCAAGUGCUACUGGCCUCAACCUUGACCAUUUACUGUUAUUAACAUUAUCCAAUUCUAAUCUUAAAUCACCUCUUACCCCAACAUCAUCAUCAUCAGUCACUGCUUCCAAUUCAGGAAUCGAAUCAUCCUUUCAAUCGUCGUCGUCGUCUAAAUCACCAGCAACCAUGACUUCACUAUCCGAAUCAUUCAAUGCCAAUUACUUUUUCAACUUUGAUAGUUAUCAAAGUGGAGUAUCCAACAACUCAACCUCUUCAGGUAGUACCAUGAUCCAACCAUCAUCCACUUCCUCAUCAUCAACUGUCAAUGCACCAUCUACCCCUGGUUCAUCAAUGAGUGUCCUUUUCAACAACAACAACAAUAAUGAUAGUAAUUCCAACAACUCUAAUAAUAAUACCAACUCUAAUAAUAAUAAUAAUGGAAUAUUAUCAUUUAGUAGUUAUGGUAAUGGAUCAACUGGAUUGAGUGCUUAUUUGGUUAAUAGUUUAAAUAAUAAUAGUAAUAAUAAUAAUAACAACUCUACAACCACUACAACAACUACAACUACAACUACUCAAAAUAAUAAUAAUAAUAAUAAUAAUAAUAUGCUCAAUAACAACAUGUUUUACACUUCAAAUCCAAUGGAGAAUAAUACAAGUUGUAUUGUUUGCAAGUGGGGUAAAUGUGACUUAAAGUUUGAGUCAUUGACCGAUUUUUGGAUCCAUUUUAGAACUGAACACUUUAAAAACAAACCAUCUAUUCUCAACACCACUACUGGUGGCUCAAUCAAUGUUGUUCCAGUGGUUUGUGAAUGGGAAUCUUGUGCUGCAGGAAUCAAAGAUUUCCAUAGUUUAAUGGGUCAUAUUAAAUUUACUCAUCUUAUUAAUCCUUUUGAUCCAGUUUCACAUUCAAAGAUUCAAAAUCAAAAGAGAAAGAGUUCAAGUAGAUUGUCUCCAACUGCAUUGUUUGAAAGUACAUCGAAUCAAUCGCUAAAAGAGAGUUAUAUAUCACUUUUACAAUCUCAAAAGAUUGACAAUCACAUUCUAACUCAACUCAUACAACAACAAUUAUUAUUACAACAACAACAACAACAACAAGUAAAUAAUGUAAAUGUAAAUAUUCCAACAACCACCACAACCACUUCCUUGGCAUCUGCUCAAGUUUCAACCAACACCCGCAAUAAUGUAGAUAAUAAUAAUAAUAAAAUCAAUGAUAUGAUUGAUGAACCGAUUGCUUCUGCUGCUGCUGCUGCUACUCAACAACCCGCAAGAAAAUAUUCAAUUGAAAGUGUAAUUAAUGUAAAGAAUGAAAUGAUGGAGGAACAUCAUCAACAUCCACUCCUCCUACAACAACAACACCAACAACACCAACUCCAAAAUAUAAUGCAAUUCCAACCACAACAACCACAACCUCAACAGGCUAGUGACGAACAUAAACCAGCAGCUGCAUCUACACAGUCAAAAUCUACUAAACGAAAAAAGGCCAAUUUAAUCCCAACCAACUAUUCCCAACAACCAUUUGUGCCAACUGCUGUUACCGUUACCGUUCCCGCCGCCGCCGCCACCAUGGGAGUUGGAGGAAUCGUUUCCUCCAAUCAUAUCGAAGAACUCUCAGGUCAUCUUCGUGACAUUGAAACUGAAGAUGAAGAGUUGUCUAGUGAUCCAUCAGUCUCUAUGAUUUACAAGCAAGCCAAGUACACCGCUGGAUCGUCUCCUGUACCCGGUCAACAACAUACCUCACUUCCCCUUGACUCUAUGAUGACUACUGACCACUCCCUUGGAACUGAUGUUAUCAUGACUAGUGACCAAUCAUUUGUUAUUGAUACUACCUCUACUACUACUACCUCUACUGCUUCCACUACUACUGCCUCGACAAUAUAUCCAGCAUCGACAUCACCGGUCAAGGCAACGUCGGCAUCAUCGUCACUCCCCAAAAAACCAAGAAAGCGUAGAACGUCGUCUCCAACAGGUCCAUUUGAUUGCAAGUGGGCUGAUUGUCGUGGUCGAUCAUUUGACACACUCAAAGAGUUGGGUGACCAUAUUGAAGAACACGUGCGUAACCAACGUGGCAAAAAGAGCGAGUCUAUAUGUGAGUGGUCGGGUUGCAACCGUUCAGACAAACCCCUCAAGAGUGCCUACAACCUCAUCCAUCAUAUUCGGUACAAGCAUACUGGUGAGAAACCCUAUUCUUGCGACUUUGCAGAUUGCGAAAGCAAGUUUGUUCAAUUGUCAGACCUCAACGAACACAAACGUAACAUUCACAAGUUUGAUGACGGGUAUAUUAAAAAGAAAAGAAAUUCAAAAGCUAAAAAGGAAGGUUCAAAUGGAGGUGGUGAUGAAUCACCAACUAAUAAUGGUACAUCAAUGGCAUUAUCUAUUCUUGGAUCAGUGUCUCCAUCAUCAACCACAACUACAACAAUUGCUACUACGACACCAAGUGAAAAGAAAUCAAAAAAGACAACUACAUCAAAAACCAAAGAAUUCCAAUUACAACAUCAACAACAACAACAACAAAUACAACAACUACAACAACUCCAAUUACAACAACAACAACAGUUACAGCAAUUGUUAGAGUCUCAUCAUCAUCAUGGAAAUACAUCAACUACUUCAACUACUUCAACUACAACUUCUUCAACUCAAACUCAACAUAAUGAUUAUAAUAUUAUUAAUAAUAAUAAUAAUAAUAAUGUAAAUGUUAAUAUGGUUAAUGGAAAUGGAAAUGGAAUGGAUGAUGAUUCGUAUCACCAUUUAUAUCAAUUACAACAACAACAACAACAACAUCAACAACCAUAUAUUGUAUAUAAUCCAAACCAUAAUUUAACUUCUGCAAUCAUUGAGGAUUAUCAUCAAGGAGGAGGAAUGGAAGAGUUGGAACAUCAUCAACAUCAACAUCAACAUAUUUCACAUGAUAAUCAUAUUCUUCAUCAUCAUCAUAAUCAACAACAGGAUGACCAAGAGAUGGGUGGUGGUGGAGAUGACUUGCACAAUUAUAGUAGUGAUGAUGACCAUCAUCAUCAUGAUCAUCAUGAUCAUCAUCAUGGUCACGGUCACCACGGUAGUUUAGUUGACCAUACUCAUCCAUCACACAAACUAUUUUCCCCAAUGUUGCCAUUCCCAUCUACUCCAAACUCGGUGUCUCUUGUCUCGGAUGGUAUCAUUAUCCCAGAGUCUCCACAAAUCUCUUUACGUAAUUCAUCGUCUCGUAUCAAGUUGGGUGUUGGUGGUGGUCGUAACAGUCUCAUUUCAUCUGGUGAUCUAUUGACCACCCCCGAAACUAUUAAUAAUUAUUUUUCUCCAAGUUCUCCUCCUCAACUUGGUAGUGGUAACACCAACUCAUUAAAGUUGUCAGGGUCUAUCUCUAUCCCAUCGAUGAAACGUAAUAGUUUUAGUGGUCCAAGUACAAGUACUCCAAGUACCCCCUCUACCUCUACCUCGACCACUACUUCAUCAUCAUCCAAACCAACAGUUACAAUUAAUAUUAAUAUUAAUAGUAAUAGUCACUCACCUCUUGCACCACUUGUUUUAGAAUCGAGUUUUUCCAAACUGCCAUCUAUCGUUUCAUCGUUGGAGACUAUAUCUAAUAUCCAACCAACUAUUAUGCACCAACCACUCAAUCUGUCAAAUGAAACUAUUACAUUUGAUAUUGGUACUCCAUCAACACCUUCAUCCUUUUUAAACAAAUCUGUCAAGUCUAGUAGUAGUGGUAGUAGUGCUAGUGUAGCCACCUCUACCUCUACCUCGACUACCUCUACAACAACAACAACAACACUCACACUUCCUUCAACUCCAACCAAAUCACCUAUUUCACCAAGAUUUAAAUAUCCUUCAAUCAAUGUUGUUGGUAUGAAUCAAAAUAAUAAUCAAAAUACUAAUAAUAAUAAUAAUACAAAUAAUAAUAUUACAAUGAAUUUACCAACACCAACUAUAUCAUCUGAUGACAAUAAUAAUAAUAAUAAUAGUAAACUACCAUCUAUUAUAAUACAAACCGAAUCAAUUACAACAACUACAACUACCGAAGAACAAGUAGAAGAGGAGGAGGAAGAAGAGGAAGUUAAAUUAAAUAAUCAUCAUCAAAACGACGAUAGUGACGAUCAAGACAAUACAACAAAGAAUCAAUCAACUACUUUAAUAGCCGAUGAAGAUGGUUCCAUUCGUUCACUUGAAAUUGAUGAAGAAAAUAAUUUAUAUGACUAA